CUCUAUGAUUUGGCAUGUACCAACAACCAUACAAUCCAAAAUACACAUCAAAUUCCUUUACUAGAAUAAGGUUGCAAAACUUUUUAGCCAACUACCAACCUAGCAAAACUCAUUCCUUGCCACCCAAAUCCUCUUCAUUUCCUCCUUGUCUCUCCUUUUCUUGGGUGCAUAAUACCACCUCCCACCACCCUAUCUAACGUUGGUGUUGACCGCUUUUUCGUCGACGUCUCUUCCUCAACAGCCAUGGGGAAGGGGCUUCCAUCACCACCUCCAUCCUUCGAUAUCGAGACCGGAACCUACAAGCGACAUCAUAGGAAACGACCACCUCCUCCACCGAAGUUUUCACCUCCGGCCCCGGAACCAUGGCUUGCUUGGCUCAUGCCUCUCGUAUUUGUGGCUAACAUCGCAAUGUUUGGUGUCACCUUGUACAUCAAUGAUUGUCCAGCCACAACCGGGUCAGAGAACUGUCUUUUCUAUGAUUAUCUAGGAAGGUUUUCGUUCCAACCUUUUGAGGAUAACCCUCUUCUUGGCCCUUCAUUAAUCACGCUGAAGAAACUAGGAGCUCUUGAUUGGAAGCUAGUAGUAGAGGGCAAUCAAGCAUGGCGCCUUAUAUCCUGCAUGUGGCUUCAUGCUGGAGUAAUCCAUUUAGUAGCUAACAUGAUGAGCCUUUUAUUCAUGGGAAUCCGACUCGAGCAAGAAUUUGGAUUCUUGAGAAUUGGACUCUUAUAUAUGAUUUCUGGCUUUGGUGGGAGUUUGAGGUCUGCUUUAACUCCUGGUCGGAGAGAAACCAUAUCUGUAGGUGCAUCAGGUGCACUUUUCGGGCUGUUGGGAGCCAUGCUUUCAGAGCUCAUUACAAACUGGACAAGCUAUAAAAACAAGUGUGAAGCUCUGUCGACCAUGUUGUUGAUUAUUACCCUGAAUCUAGCAGUCGGAUUUUUACCUCAUGUGGACAAUUCAGCUCAUAUAGGAGGAUUUAUCUCGGGAUUUCUUGCCGGAUUUAUACUUCUAAUGCGACCACAGUUUGGAUAUGUAAGCAGCAAGCACAUUCCACCUGGAUAUGAGAUGAAACAUAAAAUUCCAAGGCACAAAUGCUACCAGUAUCUGUUUUUUGUUAUCGCCUUAGUUCUGUUAAUUGUCGGGUAAAUUACUAAAAGAUCUACUGAAGAUUUUGACAUUGAAAGUAAUCCAACUUUCAGCUAACUUUUCUGGCAUUUUGGCAGAUAUGCAAUUGGCUUAAAUAGGCUAUUUGCAG